GCUCCGGUUUCCUUUGCCCUCUGCGCUCCUGGCGGCUUGCUUCAGCCUCCCAGGGCCCUGCCGCCUUCCACCGUCUUCACGGCCUCCGGAAGAGAAAAGGGCCUCGGACUCCAGACUGCUUCCUCGCGUCGGAAGCUCCUGAGCACAGGAAUAGAGAUGGCUGCUGGACCAGCAGAUGACAAUUGCAUCAGCUUUGUGGAAAUGAAAUUCAUUGACAACACACUUUACUUUGUAGCUGAAAACGAUGAAAACCUGGAAUCAGAUUACUUUGGCAAGCUUGAACCUAAACUCUCAAUCAUACGAAAUUUGAACGAUCAAGUUCUCUUCAUUAACCAGGGACAUCAACCUGUCUUUGAAGAUAUGCCUGAUUCUGACUGUACAGAGAAUGCACCACACACCAUAUUUAUCAUACAUAUGUAUAAAGACAGCCUCACCAGAGGCCUGGCAGUAACCAUCUCUGUGAAGUGUAACAAAAUGGCCACUCUCUCCUGUAAGAACAAGAUGAUUUCCUUUAAGGAAAUGAGUCCUCCUGAUAAUAUCAAUGAAGAAGGAAAUGACAUCAUAUUCUUUCAGAGAAGUGUUCCAGGACAUGAUGAUAAGAUUCAGUUUGAGUCUUCAUUGUACAAAGGACACUUUCUGGCUUGUAAAAAAGAGAGAGACCUUUUCAAACUAAUUUUGAAAGAAAAGGAGGAAUAUGGAGAUAAGUCUGUAAUGUUCACUGUUCAAAACAAGAACUAGAUAUUAAAAUGGCAUUGUUUGAACUUUGAGCUUUUGUCUUUCAGAUGAGUUGUAAGUAAUGGAAUAAAAUGAAAAAAUGGUCUCUAAAGAUACCAGUAACAGAUAAUAAACUUUCAGAAAAUUGAAUUGACUUCCCCAUAUCCAGGUGAAUAAAAUAUUUUAUGAUGUAAAAGUAAUACAUUUUAUGAUGUAAAAAUAAUACAAAAGAAUGCAUAGUUCAAAAAAAAACAUUCUACAUUGUUAAUUGGAACAUAGUUUAUGCUCAGUAGAAGUGUUUUGAAUCUUUUGGGGUCCUAAUGAUAUGCUAAAAAAAAAAGAUAUACUGACAUUUGAAUUUUCUAAUUUUUAAGAAUAUCAUUAAAACCAUCAAUAUUUUAUAGAGA